AUGGCCCAGUUUAUCACCUACAACCAACUUCGAGCGGAGUUUAUGGAGUACAAUUUGAUGUCGGAAAAGGCUAUCAAAGGACAUCAAGCUCUGUUACUGGGACUAGUUCUCCAACACUUGUAUGAUGAUAUCCUCCAGCCUGUUGCACUUUUCCAAUUCACUGAACAGAACUACAACCAAACUAGUGCAUUGUUUGUCAUACCUCCAACACACCCUUACAUUAGAUUGGAUGGGGUUACUGACCUGAAGUUUUUUCAGAACAUCUUCCGCAACCUUCACCAGAUUGCACCCGAUGGCAAGAUCUUUUUGUCGCCAUCGCAUUACCUGGAUGUUGCACAAGUGCAACUCAUACAAGUUGCAUUUGUGCUUCAGUUUGGCUUUGAUGCGGAGCCUGAGCUCCACAAGGACAGGCUUUACUGCAUGGGCAUUAAUGAUGAUGCAGAGUUGUACAUUCACGAGGUUAUCAUGCAUGAUGAGUGCCAAGCCCACGGCUUCAAUUGGGUUCACAAUCAUGAGGCCUGA